UCAGCUCCAGGCAUGGUUCAAUGAAGAUCAGAAUCAAAGACCUGGACACCCAGUUCUGAUAGGCACCAUGGGUGCUUUUCUCGCCCUUUUUACAUUUCUCUUCUUCACCUGUGCACCAGCAAAACCCAACGCAGGCUUGAAAACUUGGGGGCGGUUCAGUAAGCUGCCCAAUCCUGGAGACAAGGCUUUCCUCUAUGAUACCUUUCCCAAAGACUUCAUAUGGGCGGUGGGCACGGCGGCGUACCAGGUGGAAGGCGCGUUUGAGAAGGAUGGCAAAGGGCCCUCCAUUUGGGACACUUUUACGCGCGGAGGGAACCGAAUUAUCAAGGGAGACGUAGGCAGCGACAGCUACCACAACAUCCCCGCCGACAUCAGAGCCAUCGUUCAGCUCGGGGUCAGCCACUACAGGUUCUCCCUUUCCUGGUCUAGGAUAUUUCCCAACGGCACCCGCGGGAGCUACAACGAAAUCGGAGCCAAUUAUUACCGUAACCUGAUCAAGAAGCUGAAGGAGGUCCGCGUGCAGCCGGUGGUCACGCUCUACCACUGGGACCUGCCCGACCACCUGCAGCAGACUCUGGGAGGCUGGAGCAACCCGGAGCUGGUGGAGAUUUUCAAGGAUUACGCCGAUUUCUGUUUCCAGACUUUUGGGGAUGAUGUGAAGUUCUGGAUCACCAUUGAUAAUCCGUUUGUGGUGGCACGGCUCGGGUACGGGUCUGGUGUGGUCGCUCCAGGGAUUAAGAACGACCCUGAUCUUCCGUACAGGGUGGGACAUAAUCUACUCAAGGCCCAUGCUGCUGCCUGGCAUCUCUACGAUCGCCACUAUCGCCCGCGUCAGCAGGGCAGUCUGUCGAUCGCGCUGGCCUCUCACUGGAUCAAGCCAAGUCGUACCCGUCUGGAGAGCCUGCAAGAGUGCCAGUGCUCCCUGGACCACGUUCUGGGCUGGUUCGCCCGUCCACUCUUUGUUGAUGGAGACUAUCCACCCUGCAUGAAGGCGAGGCUGGGCCCCAGGCUGCCCUCCUUCACCAAGGAGGAGAAGGACCAGAUAAGGGGGACGGCUGACUUCUUCGCUCUCUCUCACGGAGCAGUCCUCAGCUUCCAGCUCAUGAAUGACUUCCUGAAGUUUGGACAGCAGGAGGAUCUAGACUUGAGGAUGCUGCUGUACUGGGUCAACGCUGAGUACAACAGGCCACCUAUAUUUGUGGUGCAGAGUGGCUGGCACGUCCCUGGUACUACCAAGACAGAAGACCCAAAACAAAUGUACUAUCUCAAGAGGUUCAUCGCAGGAGCACUAAAAUCUAUCGUGAUAGAUGGAGUGAAUGUGAUCGGAUACACAGCCUGGUCUCUGAUCGACGGCUUUGAGUGGCACAGGGAAUAUGAUAUACGACAAGGACUUUAUUAUGUUGACUUCAACACUUCUGACAUGAAGAGGGAACCAAAGACGUCUGCCACCUUUUACAGAAAUGUCAUCCAGAAGAACGGAUUCCCAGAACUUCCAGAGAACAGACCUGCACAGGGGACCUUCCCAUGUGAUUUUGCCUGGGGAGUUUCUGCCAAGUCCAUACAGGUGGAGACCACGCCUACCCAGUUUGCAGACCCCAGUGUGUAUCUGUGGAACAUCUCCAACAACGGAGAGCUGAUGAAGCUGGAGGGAUUCAGCGCACCACCUUUACGCAGAAGCACACACUGUGCAGAUUAUGCUACCAUCAGACAGCAGGUGGAUGAAAUCCGACAGGUGGGAGUAAAUCACUUCCAUUUCUUCCUUAACUGGUCAGCUCUGGUGCCUACGGGUGAUGUGGCUCAUCCCAACAGCACCCUGCUGGGCUACUACCGCUGCUUCACCCGUCAGCUGCUGCAUGCCAACGUCACACCUGUGGUCACGCUGUGGCACCACACACGCCAGCGCAGCAGCCUGCCCGCUCCACUAGACGCCACCAACAAAUGGCUGAACAGGGAGACUCCUGAGGCGUUUGCGGAGUAUGCCAGACUCUGUUACAGAGAACUUGGUGCCCAUGUGAAGAUGUGGAUCACCCUGAAUGAGCCCAAUGAUGAAAUGGUGAGCUACCAGGAGGGUCAUCAGAUGCUGAGGGCACACGCUCUGGCCUGGCAUGCUUAUGACCGUGAGUUCAGACACACUCAGGGAGGACAGGUGUCUCUGAAUCUCCACAUGGACUGGUCGGAACCAGCGUUUUCUUUCAGCCGUGAGGACGUGGAACCAGCUAAGAGAGUCUUAGACUUCACUGUGGGCUGGUUUGCAGAGCCGAUCUUUGGCGGUGGGGAUUAUCCACUGGGGAUGAGGAGCUGGCUUCGUCAGCUCAACUCACUUGACCUCCCAGUGUUCAAUGAGGAAGACAGACAGCUGGUUAAAGGCACAUACGACUUCUUCGCCAUCAGUCACUUCACUACAAAGCUGGUGACACAUGCCAAAGAGGAUUCGUACACUUACAAAGCAAUGCUAGAGGUCCAACACAUGAUAGACACCACAUGGAUCAUGUCCUCGAUGCCUGUCGUGCCCUGGGGUCUGAGGAAAGCUUUAAACUGGGUGAAGGAGCACUACUCUGAUGUCCCGGUCUAUGUGAUGGCGAACGGGGUCCAGGAAGACCCAGCCCACUUCAAAGAUAGUCUGAGAGUCUACUACCUGUACAACUACGUCAAUGAGGCACUAAAAGCCUACACUCUGGAUGGUGUGAACCUGAAGGGUUACUUUGCGUACGCCCUCAGCGACCAAAGGGAUCCAGGGUAUGGUUUGUAUGGCCAGGUCCAUGAAGAGGUCAUCGUCAAGGCGUCUCUUUCAAACUACCGUAACAUCAUCCAGCACAACGGCUUCCCUAUUGCGGAAGCUGAACCGCAGUGUCCCAGCAUGCCUCAGCCCUGCAGAGGCUGCCAGGUUCUGCUCAAGAGUCCUGUGGUGGGCUUCCUGACUCUCGUAGGUUUUGGGGUGCUGAUCACUCUGGGCCUCAUCAUCUACUACACAGCUAAGAGACGCAAGGAUUGUUACUGAUGGUUGUGACAAGGAUUUUUUGUCUUUUAAUGUGUGGUAAAGGAAAUGUGUAUAUUGUACAGCGGUAAGGUGUUCAAUCUCUUCUAAUGUUACAAACUUAAAUAACAGCACUUUUUGACCCUUAUAUUUAAGAAAAUGAAAGUGAUCCACUAGGACUGCAAAUUAGCCAUGGCUAGAUGUCUUUUAUACAUUGCAUCGGUUGCACUGUAAUUAAAUGCAGCAAUGCUUAUGUAUUGUCCCUGACAAAUAAACAGAUAAAUAAAUAAUCUUUGGAAAUGAACUUUGUUGGAAACCUGACAGGCAUUUUGACAGUUGAUGAACUUAUAUAACAAGAAUUGCUUUGUUUUUUUUGUUGUUGUUUUUUUUUUUUUUUUUGACAAUUU